AUGAAGAGAUCUUUUGGAGACAGAAAUCAAGAGAAAAGUGACUUCGAGAAGGAGAUAGAAACACGAAGUUUUUUUCAGGCUUCGGUUAAAUCUAAUAGAGAUAAGAAUUCGUUGAAGUUCCUGUCAGAUGAGCACGAAAGAGAGCAAUUCUCCAAUCAGAGCAAGGGAGGGGUUGCAGAGAGAUACUUCUCAGAGUUGUUCAAGACAUCCUCACCAGAGUCUUUUAGUGAUGUUUUCUCUGAUUUUUCUCCUAGAGUGACAAAACGUAUGAAUGCAGACCUCACUUGUGAGGUGACAAUCGAGGAAGUUCGACUUGCUAUUUUCUCUACUGAAAGUGAAAAAGCAACAGGUCAUGAUGGCAUGACAGGUUUUUUCUAUAAAAAAUAUUGGGAGGUUGUGAAAGAUCAGCUAUUUGCCGAUGUGAAACUGUUUUUCAGCAGUGGGAAGAUUCAGGGAGAAUGGAACCAUACUCAUAUUACCCUUAUCCCAAAGAUUACCACACCAAGACGAAUGACCGAUCUUAGACCGAUUAGUCUUUGUACAGUGCUGUAUAAGAUUAUGUCUAAGAUUUUUACCUCUCAGCUGAAAAAGAUUUUACCAGCGAUCGUCUCUCCUACGCAGCAACUUUUGUAUCGGAACGCCUCAUCUCUGAUAACAUACAAAUUACGCAUGAGAUUGUACACAGUCUUAGUUCACAUCCGGAAAUCUCAGAGGAGUUCAUAG